GUUGUCUCCGCCAUGGCUGAGCCUUCGUCUGAGAUGUCCUCCGACGCCUGGUCGGUCACCAAGGAGCCUGAAGAGGCUGAAUCGACAACGACCCAGAAGAAGCAGCAGCCAAGGCGUCGGGCCCGCCGCUCCGGCCGGGGCGCGGACAGCUUCGCCACCUACUUCCCCAGGGUCCUGAAGAACGUCCACGACGGCCUCAGCCUGUCCCAGGAGGCCGUGAGCGUGAUGGACUCGUUCGUCCACGACAUCUUCGAGCGCAUCGCUGAGGAGGCCGGCCGGCUGGCGCGCUACACCAAGCGCGCGACCAUCACGUCCAGAGAGAUCCAGACGGCCGCGCGCCUCAUUCUGCCCGGGGAAAUCGGCAAGCACGCCGUGUCCGAGGGCACCAAGGCCUUGGCCAGAUACAGUCGCCGCAAGUGAGCCGCCUCAGGAUCGCCUGAGCACCGAACCCAAAGGCUCUUUUAAGAGCCACCUCACUUGUCCCGAAAGGGCUGUAGCACGCCACCAGGGGGCUCGGUGGAGUUCGGGGGCAGAUGGCAGUUGGCGUCCUCCCGAUGUGGGGCCGUGUGUCCAGCGCCGUCCUGCCCAUGUAUGACCGAAUUUCCCAGGGGUGCUUCGUGUGUGAUAUAGCAGCAGAUAACGGGCACAGACAGACAGUGACAGAUAGCGAAGUCACCCAUAUCCUGACCUAACCGUUCUUCAACACACCCCAUCUUAGAGAUUCAUUGAACGUGGAAGUGAGCGUACACACAGCACAGAAAUGGCUAAACCAAAGUUUAAAAAAACAAUUACCGUUUCAGGCCCCCUAGAGGCUGACGUUAAUACCUAAUUUGCUCAAUUUUUUCUGAUUUUUUUUUCAUCUCCAGCCUGAAAUCU